GAGGCGCCGCCCGUCCACCAGUACAUCGUGGACGACUUGAUCCGAGUUGAACCUGUGGUUAAACCCAAGCCUACAAAGAGGGGGGGUGAGAAGAAUGCCAGCAAAUCAAGAAGGAAGAAAAAUAAAGGGAAAAACAAAAAGAAAGGAACUCCUUGUGACAUGGAAUACAAAAACUUUUGCAUCCAUGGUGAAUGCAUAUACCUAGAACAUCUUCAGAUGGUGACCUGCAAGUGUCAUCAGGAUUUUUUUGGUGAGCGCUGUGGUGAACAGUUCAUGAAGACUCAAAGGAAGAAUGAUGUGGCAGACUACUCGAAGACUGUGUUGGUAGUGGUAGCUGUCCUGCUUUCAAGCGUCAGCUUCAUUACUGUACUUAUCAUUGUGAUAGUGCAGGUCAGGAAAAAGUGUCCUCAGUAUGAAGAGAAAGAAGAAAGGAAAAAACUUCGACAAGAAAACAGAAAUGGCCAUGUUGGUGUGUAAAUGAGGAGAAAGCAGAGCAAGUCUGAUGUGGCCACUGCCAAGCUGGAGGGUACCUCUGGCUACCUGACACAUCCACCUGGACGCUGGGCUGGAGCUGUUGCCACUAAGCCCGGUUUCAUCAAGACAGAGGCUGCUGCAGGGAGAUGUCAACAUGCCACUUGCUGCUGAAUCGCUUGCUGGGAAGGACAGUUACUGCUACACCUUGGCACAAUGAUGUGGAAGGAGCUGCUGCUGUGGGGUAGAGGACCUGCUAUGAAGACCUGCUAGAGACUACUGCUACUGAGCCCUCUCUAUCAGUGCUGAAGCACCAGUCACUGC